AUGUCAGCAAUCUACUCCACCCUCCCCUCAACGCACCCUCUUAGCCCAAGCACCCCGCAACCCCCACCAACCGCCAUCCCACCCCUCGUCUACCGCGUGCACCGCUCCUCCGCGCAGACCCGCUACCACUUCAGCACGGGCUUCUCCGCAAAGAAUCAAACCACAAUCGUAAACUACACCUCCGCCCUCUCUCGUUUCGGCCUCGCGCACCUGAACCACCAAACCAACAUCUCCAGCCCCUUCAUCAGCGUCUACGACAACCUCGCGCACGCAGAAGCCGUCGCCAAGCACUUCGCAAGCAAGUAUGGCGAGGACACGCUGGUCGUGACGGUCGAUACGAAACAUUUUGCGCGGGGCCCUGUGUUUCGCGCCGCGGAUCUGCUGGAGAGAGAGGCGGAGAAGGGGGCUGCCGAGGGCGUGGAAGUCCCGCAGGAGAAGGUGUGGUUGCAUUGGGGCGAGUACCUGGUCAUGUAUCGGAUUCCGGCGCAGGCGAUUCGGGAUCAGACGCCGGUCGCCAGAGGGGAAGAGCAGAAGUGGAGGGCGGUGGGGGUUAUUGGGGGCGCGUGA